AUGUAUACCCGAUGGAAGACGUGCAAUGAGAUGAAUGUUACUUUCAUGCCUGUUAACAACAGGCAGCAGCUGGACAGUGAGGACCACACGCGCUGUCGUUCCAGCGUCCUGGACACGAAACUCCAUGGCCACAGCUGCUCUUUGCGCUGCAGGAUUGUCACGUCCUGGUCAGACCAUCCCACAGGGCAACGUGUGUGUGAGCUUUCCUGGAUCAGCGGAUUCAGCAGUAUUUCCAGUGGUCUGCGUCAGGUGACCCCUGGGGGGUGUUUCCAGUUUCGGAAUCAAAGAGAGGAAAGGGAGCAGGGGUCGUCUGGCCCCUGUGUCAAGGCCUCAGGAGGCCUCGAAAGAGAACCCGCCCUGCACGAGAGCACAGGGCGCGGACGCAAGCACAGCGGGCACAUCACCCUGGCCCCACGGCCCGGCAGAGCCCGCCCCGCGCGGGAAACCGGCGGCCCCGCCCCCGCCCCAGGAACGCUCCGCCCCGCGCCCGAGGCCACGCCCCUGAAGGGUCCGCUCCUGCCCCAACUCCUUGGCAACCAGAGGGACGCUUUCUCCUUAGCUACCGGUGCGGCUGCCACCAAGGGUGAGGAAGAGGAAGUUACUGCACCCAUGGAGAAAGUUAUCCGGAUCCAGAGGGUGUUUAUAAACCUGCUGGAUUCAUACAGCAGCGGGAACAUCGGGAAGUUCCUGUCUAACUGUGUAGUCGGGGCUUCACUUGAAGAAAUCACAGAAGAAGAGGAAGAAGAAGAAAGGAAGUCAGCCAUGGAAGCCUCAUCCACACUGAAGGACGGCACGUUCCAGAUCGUGGGUACGCUUUCCAAGCUCGAAGGCGUUCGGCCCAACUUUGCCGUGGAGACAUACAGCAACAUCUCUCGGGAGGACCUUCUCAUGCGCCUCCUGGAGUGUGACAUCAUCAUUUAUAACAUCACCGAGAACCCACAGCAAGCAGAGGAGGCCAUCUGGGCAGUCUCUGGUCAGAGAGCUAAGGCACACCAAGUGUGUCUUGAUCACUUACUGGUCAACCUGAGAAUGGAAGCACUUUUUGUGAAGGAGAAUUUUAACAUUCGAUGGCUUGCCCAAACGGGAUUUGUGGAAAAUAUCAGCAAUAUCCUCAAAGAGUACAAGCAAAGCAGAGGAUUAUUGCCGAUCAAGAUUUGCAUUCUCGGUCCCCCCGCUGUGGGAAAAUCUAGUAUUGCUGAAGCCUUGUCAAAACACUACAAACUGCAUCACAUUAAAUUGAAGGAUGUCAUUUCUGAAGCCAUAGCAAGACUGGAGAUGAUCGUCACGCCUAAGGAUGAAGAGGAGGAAGAGGAAGAAGGCGAAGAGGAGGAGGAGGAGGAGGAGAACGUGGAUGAAGCUCAGGAGCUCUUGGACGGCAUCAAGGAAAGCAUGGAGCAGAACGCAGGCCGACUAGAAGAUCAAUAUGUAAUUCGAUUUGUCAAAGAAAAGUUGAAAUCUAUGCCUUGCAGGAAUCAAGGUUAUAUUUUGGAUGGGUUCCCGGAGACCUAUGAUCAAGCUAAAGACCUAUUCAAUCAAGAAGAUGAGGAGGAAGAAGAAGAAGUCAGAGGCAAAAUGUUGCCCUUUGAUAAAUCAAUCAUACCUGAAUUCGUUUGUGCGCUGGACGCGUCAGAUGAGUUCCUGAAAGAGCGGGUGAUGAACCUUCCCGAGAGCAUCGUGGCGGGGACCCACUACAGCCAGGACCGCUUCCUCCGGUCUCUGGGCAGCUACCGCAACAUCAAUACGGAAGACGAGACCGUCUUCAACUACUUUGAUGAAAUUGAGAUCCACCCGAUCCACAUCGGUAUGACGAAUGGGAACGCGGAGAACCACCACCAAGGCAGUAUCUAUCUUGUUCUAAAGUACUCCAGGACGAGUUGGAAUAAACGACUAGAGGAAGUGAAAAGAGAAGAAAGAGAAUUAUUAGAGGCCCAGUCGAUUCCCCUGAGAAACUAUUUAAUGACCCACGUGAUGCCAACACUUAUGCAGGGUCUGAAUGAAUGUUGUAAGGUCCGACCGGACGAUCCUGUUGAUUUUCUGGCAGAGUAUCUCUUCAAGAACAAUCCUGAAAUACAGUGAAACUUUACAGAUCGCGUAUGAUAUACCUUUAUGGAGUUAGAGUUUAACAUUGUAAUUUGAAAAAUUUGCUUUAAAAAAAAAUGCGUUUCCAGUUUUUGGAAAGUUCCUUGUCUUCCCCACAAGCAAAUACUUUAUUAUGUGGAAGCAUUAUAAAAAGCUGUAUGGCAAUGAGUGACAUCAUUAAAGAACUUUAUUUGAAAGGUAAUGAUAAAGUAUGCAUAGCUCAUGGGACAAAUACUGAUUUUAUAUUGUAUUCAUAGUCAAGGUAUUCUGCACACUGGGAUAUACGGUAAUUUUUAGCAUGAAGAAAAUCAGACUAUCUAUUAUUUGAACACAUAGGCUAAUGACUUUACACAAUUUGCUAUGGCCCGGAUGCCAAUGGUGUCAGAAAGAAAUGAAAAUGGUUUAUGCUUUGUUGACUCACACUUUGUCAGAUGUGAUUUGUUUCCACUGGGUUAAGUUUUGAGUUCGGGGUCAGUAUCCUAGGCAAUGAGUCAGAGAGAGAAUGAUAAACCUCUUGGUAGAACAAUUCCCGUAACAGAAUGAAUAAUCCUAAUAUUUGUGGUAAUUAAAAGCUGCCGAAUAUUUUCAACAAACUUUACAAUGCAGGCAUAGGCAAUCAAGCCCUAUGGUCUUUUCCAGCUUGAAAAGCCCUGUAAUUUCCAGAAUGACACGGAAUGAGAAAAUUAAACUAAUCAACUAGGUUUAUUUUAA